GCUCGACACGUUGCAGUAAACAAGGCCCUGGAGCGUUUAUUGUGUAUCCUAAACCCGUGGACAAUGUCUGGAACCCCGCUGGCGAGAAGCGACUUUACAGCGACACGCCAUUCCACCACCUACGACUACAUCUCCCCGCUGAAGCUGAACCUAGCCGGCAAACAUGUCCUUAUCACCGGCGCCGCCUGGGAAAACGGAGUCGGAUAUGCCGCCGCUACAGCAUUUGCACGCGCAGGGGCCUCCGCGAUAGCAAUCGCCGAUUUACAGGGUAUCCCGCCCGAUCUCGUCGCCAAGCUUAAGACUGUCGCAACUCAAGCCGGCCGCCCUGAACCGACCGUAUUGAGCUGCAUUGUUGACAUCUCAAACCGGGAAAGCGUGCAGGCAUUUCACGGUACUGUAGAACAGGUGUUCGGUGGACGACUAGAUAUCCUCGUGAACAACGCGGCACACAUGGAGCCACCAAGCAAGUUCCUCGAUUCCGAUCCGGAUGUGUACUGGCGGACGUGGGAGGUGAAUCUCCGCGGUCUGUUCAACAUGGCGCGUAGUUUUCUCCCCAUGCAGCUUGCGACGCGGGCCAAAUCCGAUGGGUCGUGCAUCAUGACAAAUGUCGCUUCCUCCGGUGCAUUAAGCGUUCGACCCGGAGGCGGAAGCUAUCGGAGCUCAAAGCUGGCAGUAUUGCGGUGGACCGAGUCCCUGCAGGUCGAGUACGGUGAUCAAGGGCUUUUGGCAUUUUGUGUCAACCCUGGUGCGAUCAAGACGAAGAUUUCCGAGGGUCUGCUACCGGAGGCAGUGCGGGAUAGGUUUCCGGAUUCUCCGGAUGUCGCUGGUGAUACGAUUGCUUGGCUGGCUGCUGAGCGGAGGGAGUGGUUGGGUGGGAGGUAUAUCAGUUGCCCGUGGGAUAUGGAGGAGCUUAUGGAGAGGAAGGAUGAGAUUGUUGGGGGCGAUAAGUUGAAGCUUUGGAUGGUAUUUUGAGCCCUCCAUUGACUGGACUAGAUCUAGAAUAGCCAGAGGUCAAUAUCUGUUUUUUAAGGUUAUAGAGUUAUAUAUUCCGGGGCUCGUCUUAUAUUCCAGAAAUCUGACUGCUCGAUCUACCGAGGGUCUUUUCAGAAUCAUACCUUGGUAGGUGGGGAGUCCGUCCACAUAGCGAUACUAUACUCCAUCAAUGAGCCACAGGACUGCAGAGCUUCCUAGCCAAGUAUUUCUUUCCAAUGGUAUUCGCCGAAAGCGUGACUGCGAAGAUUGAGC